AUGCAGGACAACGCUCCAAUCCAUAAGGUCAAGAAGACGAUGAAAUGGUUCCGAGAUCAGGGCAUUCCAGUCGUUGAAUGGUCACCCUACUCUCCAGACAUGAGUCCCAUCGAACAGAUCUGGUUUCAGCUCAACAGUCUUGUCUAUGAGGUCAAUCCAGACAUUGACGAUUUAUCCGGAGGCGAGGACAAGGCUAGGGAAGAGUUAGGCAAAUCUUUAAAGGAGGCCUGGGAGCGAAUACCACAGAACUUGAUGCUCCUGAUCUUAUCCCGCACUCCUGAGCGUAUGAGCAUGCCAGCAUCGUUCUCGCUACCCUCGAACGGCCCGCAAAGCGAAGAUAUCAUCCCGUCUGGUGUAAUAAUAGCCUGGUACUUCAUACCAUGGCUAUCAUAG